GCGGAGCUCGGAACUGCCUAGAAACUUCUGCUGGGGCGACGGCUUGUCAGUUUCACUCCGGGAACUUUUCUUUGCCGGAGGAGAAGAGAAGGGGCGCAAGUGCCCCCCCCACACACACUUGAGCGUCCUUUCUUUCCCCUCCUCCUCUUCUCCUCUCCGAGUCGCCGUCCCCAUUUGGAGCGGACAGCUGCGCGCGCGGGCCACCCAGAGCCUUGGCGCGGUGCUCGGCUCUGCAGCCAGGUGACGCGCCAGCCUCCCCCGGAGCCGCUCGCUCCACGUCCGCGUCCGGGCAGCCGAGGGAAAGAGGAGCCUCAGCCGCCUCGGCUUUGUCGCCUUUUCCGGCCACCCGCCCCAGCCCCGGGCCCGCGUAUGAAUCUCCUGGACCCCUUCAUGAAGAUGACCGACGAGCAAGACAAGGGCCUGUCCGGCGCCCCCAGCCCCACCAUGUCCGAGGACUCGGCCGGCUCGCCGUGUCCUUCGGGCUCGGGCUCCGACACCGAGAACACGCGACCUCAGGAGAACACAUUCCCCAAGGGGGAGCCGGACCUGAAGAAGGAGAGCGAGGAGGACAAAUUCCCCGUGUGCAUCCGCGAGGCGGUCAGCCAGGUGCUCAAGGGCUACGACUGGACGCUGGUGCCCAUGCCCGUGCGCGUCAACGGCUCGAGCAAGAACAAGCCGCACGUCAAGAGGCCCAUGAACGCCUUCAUGGUGUGGGCGCAGGCGGCGCGCAGGAAGCUGGCCGACCAGUACCCGCAUCUGCACAACGCCGAGCUCAGCAAGACGCUGGGCAAGCUGUGGAGACUGUUGAACGAGAGCGAGAAGCGGCCCUUCGUGGAGGAGGCGGAGCGGCUGCGCGUGCAGCACAAGAAGGACCACCCGGAUUACAAGUACCAGCCGCGGCGGAGGAAGUCGGUGAAGAACGGGCAGGCGGAGGCCGAGGAGCCCACCGAGCAGACGCACAUCUCCCCCAACGCCAUCUUCAAGGCGCUGCAGGCCGACUCCCCGCACUCCUCGUCCGGCAUGAGCGAGGUGCAUUCGCCCGGCGAGCACUCCGGGCAAUCGCAGGGCCCGCCGACCCCACCCACCACUCCCAAAACCGACGUGCAGCCGGGCAAAGUUGAUCUGAAGCGGGAGGGGCGCCCCCUGGCCGAGGGGGGACGACAGCCCCCCAUCGACUUCCGCGACGUGGACAUCGGCGAGCUGAGCAGCGACGUCAUCUCCAACAUCGAGACCUUCGACGUCAACGAAUUCGACCAGUACCUGCCGCCCAAUGGUCACCCGGGGGUGCCGGCCACGCACGGCCAGGUCACUUACACGGGGAGCUACGGGAUCAGCAGCAGCGCGAGCGCAGCGACCCCCGCGGGGGCAGGUCACGUGUGGAUGUCCAAGCAGCAGGCGCCGCCCCCGCCGCCGCCGCCGCCGCAGCAGCCCCCGCCGCCGCCGCCGCAGGCGCCUCCGCAGCAGCCGGGCGGGCCGCAGCCGCCGCAGCCCGCCGCCCCGCAGCCGCCGCCGCCGCCGCCGCAGCCGCAGGCGCACGCGCUGACCCCGCUGAGCAGCGAGCCGGGCCAGGCGCAGCGCACGCACAUCAAGACCGAGCAGCUGAGCCCCAGCCACUACAGCGAGCAGCAGCAGCAUUCCCCGCAGCAGCAGAUCGCCUACAGCCCCUUCAACCUCCCGCACUACGGCGCCUCCUACCCGCCCAUCACCCGCUCCCAGUACGACUACAGCGACCACCAGAACUCGGGCUCCUACUACAGCCACGCCGCGGGCCAGGGUUCGGGGCUCUACUCCACCUUCACCUACAUGAACCCGGCCCAGCGUCCCAUGUACACCCCCAUCGCUGACACCUCCGGGGUGCCUUCCAUCCCGCAGACCCACAGCCCCCAGCACUGGGAACAACCUGUCUACACACAGCUCACCAGACCCUGAGGGGGGACACCUUGGAAACAGAGGCCAUUGGGUGACCGAGAUGAUGGUGAAAAAAAUAAUAAUAAUAAUAACCGAAGAUGUCAAGAAACAACCUGAGAUUCCUUUGGACAGUUUGUUCUUGUUUUGUUUUGUUUCUUGUUCCCGUUUGCUUAAAGACUUCGUAAGCUAAAGACAAAAAAAAAAAAAAAAAGUAAUUAAAAAAAAAAAAAAGCAAAGCUCAAAGUCCAGGACAGAGACAGCAUCCCGAAUGCGAGAAACUGGCCUUUGCUCAUUCCGAGUAAGCCUGGAAGGACGAUGGAGAAUCCUACUACCCAAAUGCUCAAUCUCCCUGCCUUGUUUAGACUUUGUAAUUAUUUUUUAGCAGUAAUUAAAGAAAAAAAAAAGUCCUCUGUGAGGAAUAUUCUCUAUUUUAAAUAUUUUUAGUAUGUACUGUGUAUGAUUCAUUACCAUUUUGAGGGGAUUUAUACAUAUUUUAGAUAAAAAUAUUAAAUGCUAUUUUUCCAACAGCUAAACUAUUCUUAGUUGAACAGUUUGCCCUAGCUUUUCUCGCAACCAGAGUAUUUUUGUACAGAUUUGCUUUUCUCCUACAAAAACAAGAUUUUUUUGCAAAAAAAAAAAGCGUGUCAUUUUAUGAACAUUAAAAAACACAAAGAGUUGUGUUAUGUGAUCGAU